GAAUUUGACAACAACGUUUAUCCAGAAGACGGCAGAAUCAGCCAUACUGUUUGUGUACUGGUGUCAUUACUUGGAUCGCUUCAAGUUUCAAUUGAGCGGACACUUCCGAUUUUGAAUUAGGAUGAACACGAGCCUCAUACUAGCCCGAUUGGGCGCAUCCUCGCGUCUCAUGUGUCUGCCUCCACGGGCCUUGAGCUGGCACGGAGGGGUGCGCCACCAAUCGGCCCCACCUCACGGCUCCGUGGCCGGAUUCAAGGGCGAAGACACCGCGGCCGAGCAGGACCCCACCGGGGCCAACUACUCGCCGCAUCAAGUGGACUUGAAGACCAAUAAAGCCGAAUGGGCCUUGGCUCGAAUGGACGACCUCAUCAAUUGGGGUCGAAAGGCCUCGCUGUGGCCUUUGACCUUCGGGCUGGCCUGCUGUGCCGUGGAGAUGAUGCACAUUGCCGCGCCACGCUAUGACAUGGACCGUUACGGGGUGGUAUUUCGGGCCUCGCCCCGCCAAGCCGACGUGAUCAUCGUGGCCGGCACGCUCACCAACAAGAUGGCCCCGGCCUUCCGACGCGUCUAUGAUCAGAUGUGCGAGCCCAGAUGGGUGAUUUCCAUGGGAAGUUGCGCCAACGGCGGCGGAUACUACCACUACUCCUAUUCGGUAGUUCGUGGAUGCGACCGCAUUGUGCCCGUCGACAUUUAUGUGCCGGGCUGCCCACCCACGGCUGAGGCCCUGAUGUACGGCGUGCUUCAGCUCCAGAAGAAGAUUAAGCGGAUGAAAGAGUCCCAGAUGUGGUACAGAAUGUAAUCCUUAUUGUUUCACCCUCCGGCGAGGACGGCACCCUAGGCGACGAAAUACUAGAUAAUAGCAGUCAAAAUGGCGGGUUAGGAUUUAGGAAAAUUGGACUCUGGCUCAGCCAUGGAUGGACUGACACAAUUUCAUUUAUUGUAAGAGGGGUUUGAAUUAAAAUACAUACAGAAUGCCACAACAAAGGGUAAUCAAAUAAAUGCUCGCUGCCGUGAUGCCGUGCCCA